AUGGAUCCCUUGUUUUGGCCAUCAGAAGCUCACAGAUUUCGACGAUUCACCCCCGAGUCCCUGGCAGCAAUCGAGGAAAGGAUUGCCAACAAAAAAAAGGAGCAAGUCAAAGUUAAAGAGAACAAAGGAGUUAAAAAGAACAAAGUUAAGGAACAAGGAGCUGAAGAAGAUAAACUUACUCCUCAGCUUGACCUGAAAAUCUGCAAAACGUUGCCAUCUCUGUAUGGGGACAUUCCUGAAGAGCUGGUUGGGGAACCCCUGGAGGAUUUUGAUCCGUACUACAGUGAUCACAAGACUUUUAUGGUGUUAAAUAAAAGGAGGACUAUUUUCCGGUUUACUGCCACACCUGCCUUGUUUAUAUUUGGUCCUUUUAAUCCAGUCAGAAAAAAAGCAAUUAAAAUUCUGAUCCAUUCAGUUUUUCUUGGCAUUAUUACAUGCACUGUGCUACUCAAUUGUAUGGCCAUGACUAUCCCUCACCUUCCUGUAAAAGCCGGCUGGACUGAACAUGUUUUCACUGCUGUAUAUACUGCUGAAAUAUUGAUUAAAGUAGUAGCAAGAGGAUUUGUUUGGAAUGAAUUUACUUUUCUUCGAGAUCCAUGGAACUGCUUGGAUUUUUCUAUUAUUAUUGUAAUGUACAUUACUGCAUUUCAUAGUGUUGGCAAUGUUUCAGUUCUUCGAACUUUCAGAGUACUGAGGACUUUGAAGGCUAUUUCAGUAAUACCAGGUCUGAAAGUCAUUGUAAAUUCUCUUGUUGAGUCUGUGAAGAAGCUCUUGGAUGUGCUGAUCCUGACUGUGUUUUGCUUGAGUGUAUUUGCACUAAUAGGCCUCCAGCUCUUUAUGGGCAACUUAAAAUCCAAAUGUGUCCUCAACAAAACUAUGUACAGUGACUCAUUAUGUAAGGAUCCCAAGAUAUAUGUACCAAAUGAGGAAGGUAAAUAUCAAAUAAAAUAUUACAUUUGCUACAGAUUGAAAGACUCUUCUGAAAUAUUGCUGUGUGGGUACACUGCAGAUCCCAAUGAGUGCCCAGAAAACUAUACCUGUGAGAAGAUUGGGAACAAUCCUGAUUUUGGUUACACAAGUUUUGAUCAUUUUGGCUGGGCCUUCCUCUCUGUGUUCCGGCUGAUGACCCAGGACAGCUGGGAGCGUCUCUACAGACAAACCAUCCGUACCUCUGGAGUGUCGUGCAUCUUUUUUUUUAUGGCAGUCAUCUUCUUCUGCUCAUUUUACCUCUUCAAUCUGAUCUUGGCUGUGGUAACUAUGGCAUAUGAAGAGGAAAACAGAGCAACCCGUGCUGAAACAGAGGCAAAGGAAAAACUGCUUCGGGAUGCCAGACAAAUUAUAGAGAAGGAACAGAUGUUGGCUGUGGAAGAAAGCACUAAGGCCAUGCAUGCUAGAUCUGAAAUGUCAGUUGCUGACUUGAAAAAUUCAGAAGGAAAAGAAAGUAAUAAAGAAACACCUACUUCAAGGCAAAACUUAAUUUCAAAUGACCAGGAAAAUGAGGAGCAAAUAUUUCGUUCCCAGCCUGAUCGCUGCCACAAGAAGCUUAGGCAGAUCCUGCUGGACUAUGAGGUCUCAAUGGAUGCUAUCAAUGAUCCUGUCCGAAGACAGAGGUUAAUGAGUGCAGCCACAAUUCUUACAGAUAAUUCAAAGUCGAAAGUGAACUGCCCUACAUUUUGGAAAAAUUUCCCUCAGAAGUAUCUAAUUUGGAAUUGUUGUCCAUUCUGGAGAGCAGUCAAAGAGAAGAUGAAAUUGGUAAUUUUGAAUCCAUUUGUUGAUCUCCUGAUCAUGGUUUGCAUUAUCUUGAAUACCUUGUUCCUGGCUAUGGAGUACCCUGGCAUGGAUCCAGUAUACCAACGACUGAUUUCUCGAAGUGACCAGGUCUUCACCCUGAUUUUUACUGUAGAAAUGAUCUUGAAAAUCAUUGCUCUAGAUCCUUACUACUAUUUCCAGGAAAAGUGGAAUGUUUUUGAUAGCUUGGUUGUUUUGAUUGGCCUAGCAAGCUUUGGAACAAAUCUGUCACCUUUCAGGCUGCUCAGGAUCUUCAAAUUGGCAAAGUCCUGGCCAGCCUUAAAUACUCUUAUGAAAAUAAUUCUACAUUCAUUUGGUGCACUGAGUAACCUCACCCUGGUUUUGGCAAUCACUGUGUUUAUUUUUGCUGUAGUAGGAAUGCAGAUUUUGGGCGGUGAUUAUACUACAAAUUCCACUAAAAUAAGCCCCACUGGCAAAUUACGCUGGCAUAUGAAAGAUUUUAGUCAUUCAAUCCUCAUUAUAUUCCGAAUAUUAUGUGGAGAAUGGAUUGAAACUAUGUGGGAAUGCAUGGAAGUGGCUGGAAAAAGGAAAUGUCUCACCAUUUUCUUGCUCGUCCUGGUGCUAGGAAACCUGGUGGUGCUCAACCUGUUCAUUGCUUUGCUGCUGAGUUCAUUCAACAUUGAUGGCCCAGAGGGACAAGAGGAGCCUCGAGAAGGGACUAAAUACCAGAUUGCCAUUGCACAGAUUCACAAGAGCCUGAAGACUGUGAAAGACAGAAUUUGGGAUCACUGCUGCAAAAGAAUGAGGGGAAGCCUCAGAAGAACAGACAAAAAGAAGGCUUUGGCAGAAGUUUCUGGGAAGGGCAUAGAGGUUACUAAUUAUGCCAUGACAGAUGUCAGGAAAUACAUAGACAACAGCUCCUUUGAUAUAGAGUGUUGCCAUAUGGAAGAGAACUCCUCUCUAGCAAGGAAAUAUGAAGACAUUUUGACCAGCCACAGUACCUGUGUUCCCGUUACAGCAGCAGAGGCUUACCCCAAGGAAGGUGAUGAUGGGCACAUUUUGCACACAGCUGUAGAAUACAGGAAACAGAAAUAUCAUUCUGUUCGUAGCUUUUCUGAAGCCAGCACUGUGGAUCCAGUGGUUCUUCUGGAGAUGUUUUCCCAGACUAAAAACUCCCAGCUGCCUAAGGACUGCUUUGUAGAAAGUUGUGUUGAGUGUUUCCCAUGUUGUGUAGUGAAUAUCACAAAGUUUCCAGGCAGAACUUGGUGGAACUUUAGAAAAACCUGCUACAGAAUCGUGAACCAUAGCGGGUUUGAAUAUUUUAUGGUUUUUAUGAUUGUAUUGAGCAGCGCAGCACUGGCAUUUGAAGAUGUUCACCUGCAGAAGAGGAAAAAAGUGAAAAUUAUCCUAGAUUAUGCUGAUAUCAUAUUUACCUACACCUUUUUUACGGAGAUGCUUCUGAAAUGGGUAGCUUUUGGUCUGCACAGUUAUUUCACAAAUUCUUGGUGUUUGCUUGACUUCAUCAUUGUGUGUGUAAGUAUUAUACUCAGCUUGUCCUACAUUUAUAUAAACUUGCUGUGUAAAAAUGAAAUAUUUUUCUUCCUGAAAUCUCUCAGGACUUUCAGAGCACUGCGGCCUCUACGAGCUUUGUCAAGAUUUGAAGGGAUAAAGGUUGUUGUGAAUGCACUCUUUGGAGCCAUCCCCUCCAUCUUCAACGUUCUACUCGUCUGCGUUGUCUUUUGGCUCCUCUUUAAUGUUCUAGGAGUCAAAUGGCUUGGAAGCAGAUUUUGGAAAUGCACACUCAAAAAAAAUAGCACUGAUUUCAUUAGUGGCAAAAAUGAUUGUAUUUCCAACAAUGGGACAUGGACAAAUAGUGUUGUAAAUUUUGACAAUGUUGGCAUGGGAUACUUGGCUCUUCUCCAAGUGGCAACUUUUAAAGGUUGGAUGGAUAUUAUGUAUGCAGCAGUAGAUUCACGUGAGAUUGAUCAACAGCCCAAGUUUGAAGCACGCUUACGCAUGUAUGUGUUCUUUGUGGUUUUCAUUAUUUUUGGAUCUUUCUUCAUGCUGAACCUUUUCAUUGGAGUGGUUAUCAGCAAUUUUAACCAGCAAAGGAAAAAGAUAAGUGGGAAAGAUCUAUUUUUGACUGAGGAACAGAAAAAGUACUAUAAUGCCCUAAAAAAACUGGGAUCCAAGAAACCUCAAAAACCCAUCCCAAGACCAUCGAAUGCAUUCUUAGGAUUGCUGUUUGACAUCGUAUCUCACAAAGCUUUUGACAUCACCAUUGUGAUUUUCAUCUGUCUAAAUAUGAUUGUUAUGAUGGCAGAAAGCAACGACAAAGGCACCAAGAAUGUUCUAAAUAAAAUCAACUAUUUUUUUGUGGCUGUAUUCACUGCAGAAUGUGUCUUAAAAAUACUGGCCUUAAGGCACUACUACUUUGGAAGUGGCUGGAACGUGUUUGAUUUCAGUGUUGUGAUCCUUUCAAUAGUGAGCCUUGGAGUUUCUGAAGCGUUUAAGUCUUUCUUCUCCCCCACGGUUUUGAGAACCCUUCGUUUGGCGCGGGUUGGCCGAAUCCUGAGAAUAGUUCGCAGAGCCAAAGGGAUUCGAACUCUUCUUUUUGCACUGCUGAUGUCCCUUCCUGCCCUGGUCAACAUCGGCCUCUUGCUUUUCCUCAUUAUGUUCAUUUAUGCCAUCGUGGGCAUGGCAAACUUUGCCUGUCUCCCCUCGGAGGGUGGGAUUGAUGAUAUUUUCAACUUCCAGACAUUUUGUGGUAGCAUUCUCUGCCUCUUCCAGAUUACCACAUCAGCUGGCUGGGAUGCUCUUCUGGCCCCUGUGCUAAAGGAAUCUGAUAAUUGUGCUCUCCAAUUAAAUGGAACAGUGACAGACAAAAAAAAUUGUGUAAAUAAGGGCUUUGGUAUUUUAUAUUUUGUAAGCUAUGUCAUCAUAUCAUUUCUCAUUGUUGUAAAUAUGUACAUAGCAGUCAUUUUAGAGAACUUCAGUGUUGCCACUGAGGAGAGCACAGAUCCUCUUUGUGAGGAUGACUUUGAUAUGUUUUAUGAGACAUGGGCAAAGUUUGACCCUCUGGCAACGCAGUUUAUAGAUUAUUCUGCUCUCUCAGACUUUGCAGAUGCUCUGGCAGACCCCUUGCGCAUCCCAAAGCCCAACAAAAUCCAGCUCAUAGCCAUGGACAUCCCCAUAGUCAGUGGAGAUAAGAUCCACUGCUUGGAUAUCUUGCUGGCUUUCACUAAAAGGGUCUUGGGAGAAUCUGGAGAUCUGGAGAGUCUUGAAUUAAACAUGGAAGAAAAGAUUGCAGCUGAAAAUCCAUCUAAAAGUUCUUACAGCCCAAUUUCUUCUACCCUUAAAAGAAAACAAGAGGAAGUGUCAGCUUCUGUUAUUCAAAGGGCCUUCAGGAGGUACUUGAGACAACGUUCUCUUCAAAAUAUGUCCUUAUACCAUUGUAAACACAACAGUGCUGUCUUUGAACGGGAAAUACAGGACAAGCAAAGUCUUCUUGAAUCACUGCUGAAUGAAAAUCAUGGCAGGAAGGCAGAUAAAUUACGUCCUGCUUCUUCCAUAUCCCUCCCUUUAUGUUAUGAUGGCUUUGCUGAGGCAAACAGCAAUAAGCAAUGA